UAGGGGGGCGUAGGAGAGCUCCCGGGCUGCUCCGGCUGCUCCUCGCAGAUCCGAGCUGGACCUCUGAUCCCGAGGGGUGAAGAUGGCGAGAGACAAGCUUAAGCCCCCCAUCCUCCUCCUGGUGCUCUCCUUGUACCUCGUGAAGCCCUUCACUGCUGCGGAAGACCUGAAUCCGUCUAAUAUCCCCACAGAUAAAUUAUUAGUCAUAACUGUAGCAACAAAAGAAACCGAUGGAUAUCAUCGAUUUAUGCAAUCAGCCAAGUACUUCAAUUAUACUGUGAAGGUCCUUGGUAAAGGAGAAGAAUGGAAAGGUGGAGACAAGGUAAAUGCUAUUGGUGGAGGCCAAAAAGUAAGAUUACUGAAAGAAGCAAUGGGAAGUUAUGCUGACCAAGAAGAUUUGGUUGUGUUUUUUACUGAAUGCUAUGAUGUCAUCUUUGCUGGAGGUCCUGAAGAGCUACUGAAGAAAUUCCAAAAGAUCAACCAUAAAGUGGUAUUUUCAGCAGAUGGAAUAUUAUGGCCAGACAAAAGGCUGGCAGACAAGUAUCCCAUUGUCCACAUUGGAAAACGCUUCCUAAACUCAGGAGGAUUUGUUGGAUACGCACCCUAUAUAAACCGCAUCGUUCAGCAAUGGAAUCUUCAAGAUAAUGACGAUGACCAACUGUUUUAUACUAAAAUUUAUAUUGACCCAUUGAAAAGGGAAGCUCUUAAUAUUACAUUGGAUCAUAAGUGCCGGAUUUUUCAGGCCCUCAAUGGAGCUAUUGAUGAAGUUCUUUUGAAAUUUGAAAAUGGAAAAGCUAGAGCAAAAAAUACUUUUUAUGAAACAUUACCAGUGGUGAUUAAUGGAAAUGGCCCAACUAAAAUUCAACUAAACUAUUUUGGAAAUUAUAUCCCUAAUGCUUGGACACAGGAAAAUGGAUGUACUCUUUGUGAUUUGGAUGUAAUUGACCUAUCAACUUUAGAAGACUAUCCAAGAGUAACAGUUGGUGUUUUCAUUGAGCAGCCCACUCCUUUCCUACCUCGAUUUCUAGACCUGUUGUUGACACUGACUUACCCCAAAGAAGCUCUUAAAUUCUUCAUUCAUAACAGUGAGGUCUAUCAUGAAAAGCACAUCAAAGAAUUUUGGGAAAAAGCUAAAGAUGUGAUCAAGAAUAUAAAAAUUGUUGGUCCAGAAGAAAAUCUAAGUCAAGCAGAAGCCAGAAAUAUGGGAAUGGAUCUGUGUCGUCAAGAUGACAAGUGUGAUUAUUAUUUUAGUCUUGAUGCUGAUGUUGUUCUGACAAAUCCAAAGACAUUGGAAAUAUUGAUAGAGCAAAACAGAAAAAUCAUUGCUCCUCUGGUAACUCGGCAUGGAAAGCUAUGGUCCAAUUUCUGGGGAGCACUAAGUCCUGAUGGAUAUUAUGCUCGAUCAGAAGAUUAUGUAGAUAUUGUCCAAGGCAGCAGAGUAGGGGUAUGGAAUAUCCCAUACAUGGCUAAUGUGUACUUGAUUAAAGGGCAGACUCUUCGAUCUGAGAUGAAUGAAAGAAACUAUUUUGUCCGUGAUAAAUUGGACCCUGAUAUGGCUCUUUGCCGAAAUGCAAGGGAAAUGAGUAUACAAAGGGAAAAAGACUCCCCUACUCCGGAAACAUUCCAAAUGCUCAGCCCCCCAAAGGGUGUGUUCAUGUACAUUUCUAAUCGACAUGAGUUUGGAAGGCUAUUAUCUACUGCUAAUUACAAUAUUUCCCAUUAUAAUAAUGACCUAUGGCAGAUUUUCGAAAAUCCUGUGGACUGGAAGGAAAAAUAUAUAAACCCUAAUUAUUCCAAGAUCUUCACGGAAAAUUUAGUGGAGCAGCCUUGCCCAGAUGUCUUUUGGUUCCCCAUAUUUUCUGAAAAAGCAUGUGAUGAACUGGUGGAAGAAAUGGAACACUAUGGACAAUGGUCUGGGGGAAAGCAUCAUGACAGCCGUAUAUCUGGUGGUUAUGAAAAUGUCCCAACUGAUGAUAUCCACAUGAAGCAAAUUGGAUUGGAGAAUGAAUGGCUUCAUUUUAUCAGAGAAUUUAUUGCACCAGUUACACUGAAAGUCUUUGCUGGCUACUAUACAAAGGGAUUUGCAUUGCUGAAUUUUGUAGUUAAAUAUUCUCCUGACAGACAGCGUUCCCUCAGACCUCAUCAUGACUCAUCUACUUUUACAAUUAAUAUUGCUCUCAACAAUGUGGGACAAGACUUUCAGGGAGGUGGAUGCAAAUUUCUAAGGUACAAUUGCUCUAUUGAGUCACCCCGGAAAGGCUGGAGUUUCAUGCAUCCUGGAAGACUUACACAUUUGCAUGAAGGACUUCCUAUUAUAAAUGGAACAAGAUAUAUUGCAGUGUCAUUUAUUGAUCCAUAAAUUAUUUCUCUCCCAUCAAACCAACCUACCUUUUAUUUUUGGAUGGCUGAUCUACAAACAAAACAAAACAAAACAAAACAAAAAAAACGAAAAAACAUCAAAAAAGUUUCUUUUCAAUUUAUCAAUGAGAAGAAAAGAGAAUUAUUUAAAUAACUUCCACAAAGCAGCUUCAUUUGAGACAAAAAGUUUGAGAAAAAAAGCUUUUCUUUUAAUUAUUACAUACUUACAUACAGAUGUCUGCUCUGAGCCUUGAGUCACAGGUUGAAAGAGGAAAAAGAAGGAAAAAACAACAACAAAAAAAAAAAAAACCAAAAAUGUUCCUAUGCUGCUCUUGGAGAGGAUGAAAGAAUUAACUUUGAAUUGGUUGUUUUAGUUACUAAAUAAUUUAGACACCAAGGUACGAGUGAAGUUUGUGGUUUGUAAUGUCUGAUUUCUAAUUUAGAAAAACAAUCCCAUGAGAAUUGUGUUUACUGCUGUUUGGGGGAAACAGUCUAAAUACAUAUUACAGACAAACACCACUUAAAGCCUAAGAGGGGACCAGAAUCCCAUGUAGUGUGGGUUCCUGUCACAUCUCUGUUUCACAUAUGCCUUAAAAUUCAGAAGCCAUCUUCUUUCUCAUGAAGCUCUUACAAGAAGUUCCUGUUUAAAUGGCCUGAAGAAAAGGUGUGUGUCAUCAUCAAAGUGAACUGAGUUUCUUAUGAUCACCAAGUGCCCUUCAGUCCAAAUGUUAUUUCUGAAAAGCCAGAAAAUAAUUAAAAAAAUAAAAAGUAGAAAAAAAUUACAUUCAGACCAAAGGUAAAUUUAUCAAUAACAUUUCUCAUUUCAAGUACUUGAAUUUUAUAUCAGGAAAAUGAAAUUGUUGAGCCCACCUUCUUUCCCUUUAUGCCUAAUUUUUUUGGUUGCUUGUUUUCCUAACCCUUCCCUAUUUUGUUCCUGUGUUUUAUUUUUUUGGUCCCUAUUCUUCAUACCUCUAUUCUCUCUUUUCUACUUUGUCCUUACCCCUCUUUAUUUGGGGUGGGGAAAGGUGGUGGAUUCUUCAAAAUAAGUGUGUUGUCUUAUUUUUCCAACUACUUUAAUGAAUGAGGUUUAAGUAUUUUUACUGUAGCUACUGUUUGUAAUUUAAAGGUUAAACUUGAAAAAAAAACAUAAAAUAACUCUUAAACCAUGGUGCCAAAGACCAUUAUUCUAACACUGUGUGUUAGAAACUUGUGAUAAAUAAAAAAGAAAAAGAAAGAAAAA